UAUAUUGGUCAGUCCAGUCAUGUCUUCAUUAUAAUAACACAAAAUUAAAAACUUCAUAGAAGCCGUCGUUUCACCUCUUCUUGAAGAGAGAGAGAGAGAGAGAGAAGAGUUACACACACGGUGAGGUUUGGAUCUAAAUCGAUGGAGGUCGCUUUCCCAUCUUCACCGCCGGCGAAUUACAUCGACGACGAAAGAUUAACAACAGAGAUGAUAUCCAUGGAUUUCACCAAAUUAGGAUUCUCAGAAGAUCAAGAAGAUAUUAAAAAACUCGAGAGAUCAUGGAGUCAACUUGAAGAAUCCGUCGAGUUUAACGACGGUGAAGACGACGAAGAAGACGAAGAAGAAGAAGAAGAAGAAGAAGAGUUCUCUUUCGCUUGUGUGAACGCAGAAGGAUCUCCGAUAACAGCAGAUGAAGCUUUCGAAGAUGGUCAGAUCCGUCCUGUGUUUCCUCUGUUUAACCGUGACCUACUCUUCGAUUACGACAACGCCGAUCGCCAAAACGACGACGUUUCUGUCACCGACGAGAACAGACCGCGUUUGAGAAAGCUAUUCGUCGAGGAUCGGAACGGUGACGGUAACGGCGACGAGACGGCGAAAGAAUCUUUGGGACCGUAUUGUUCUUGGUCGGGUGGGACGGUUGCGGAAGCGUCGCCGGAGACUUGCCGGAAAAGUAACUCGACGGGAUUCUCGAAGCUUUGGAGGUUUAGGGAUCUUGUUUCGAGAAGUAACAGUGAUGGAAGAGACGCUUUUGUUUUCUUGAAUAACAAUAACAACAACGUCGGUGACAACAAGACUCGGACUCAGGUGGUGGCGGCGGAGAAGAAUAAGGGGAAGGAGAAAACGUCAACGUCAACGUCUUCCUCUUCGUCGUCGGAGAAGAAGAAGAAGAAGAAGAAGAUGGAGAAGUCGGCGCAUGAGAAGCUGUACAUGAGAAACAGAGCGAUGAAGGAAGAAGUGAAACACAGAUCGUAUCUUCCGUACAAACAAGUUGGUUUCUUCACUAAUGUGAAUGGUCUUAGCCGAAAUAUUCAUCCUUUCUGAAUUCUGACUUAAUCAUCAUUUCUCUUCUUGACCCCCAAAAAAAAAAAAAAAAAAGUUUGUUUUUUGGAUGAUCUUUUUGUUUGUUUAUAAAAAAAAAGUAGAAAAAAAAAAUUCAAAUUAGUAUUAUUUCGUAUGGAGUCCCUUACUGCUGUUAAGUAUAUUGGAUUUUGAUAUAAAGCAGAAAGGUGUACUGUUCUGAGUGUUAUGUGAAAAGCUUGGCUUGUAUUAAACCAUUCUGUGUGUAAAUGACUUAUUAGUUAGAGUUGGUAUAUGUAAUUAUGCAAAGACAUUGAAGAAUUAGUUGAAAGAAGUUUGUUCUAAGAA